UAAUACUAAAACAUGGAAAAUAAAGUAGAAGAAAUCCCUGAACCAAAGAUAGUUGAAAUAAAUGAUGAACAGGAAGAAAAUAAAGUAGAAGAACUAAACGAUAGCGAUACAGACUCUUUUCAUAGUGCUAAAGAAACAUUUGAGGAAGAACAGAAAGAUGAUAAAUCUGACUCAGAUCCAGCUCCCCCUGCUGUAGACGGAACAAAAGAAACAGAAGACAUUCCUAUAGUUGAGAAUAAGGAAAGUGAUAUGGUAAAAGCUCAAGAUUAUAAAGUUCAAGGAAAUGAAAUGUACAAAGCUGAAGAGUAUUUAGAAGCCCUCGAUUUCUACAAUAAAGCUAUAUAUUACUGCCCUGACGAAGAUGAAACACAACUUGCCAUAUUUUACCAUAACAAAGGGAUGACUCUGUGCAAGAUGGGUAGAAAUGAUGAAGCCUUAAAAGCAUUUGAAUGAGCUAUCAAUCAUAACAAAGAUUAUCUGAAAGCAAGGUGGCAUAAAUUAAGACUACACAAAGAGAAAGAGGAAUACACUGAAGCUAAGGAAGAAGCCAAAAUCAUUUUUGAAAAGAAUCCCAAAUUUAAUCACAUCGCAAAAGAAAUGCAAGAGCUUGAAAAAUUGGAAAAGGAAAAACUUGAUAAAAUGAAAGACGAGGUUUUAGGCAAUCUAAAAUCUCUUGGUAAUUCAAUCCUGGGUAAAUUUGGGAUGAGUCUAGAUAACUUUAAGCUCAACCAAAAUUCGGAUGGGACCUACAAUGUGUCUAUGGGCCAAUAGUUCUAAAAUAUUCUCAAAAGUUCUU